GUGGAUCCUGCAACUCCAGGAGGGAAUGGCACUUCUUGUUUUUAAUUAGCAAAGGUGAAAGGUGAAUUAAAACUGGCUGUUUGGCAAGUCAGAGCAAGGGGCUGGGUUCUGAAGAGCACCAAGGAGGAGGGUGCUUGCUCCUUUUUUUUUUUUUUUUCCUCUUCCCUUCCUUCUCUGAAUGAAUUGCCUUGCAGGAGGGACUGAAAAUACAGCUUCUUCCUGAAUCCACAGGCAGAGUUGCUAAAGAGAGCUCAAGACACAACACUGCAGAGUAAUGCCUUGGAAUGUCCUCGCACGUUAUAAACAAUUAUCCCAGGGAGGGAAUAUUUUUACAUGACAUUUGCACAGCUUGGCAAACAGCUAGCUGAGGCUGUGUGCUUUUUUGAUGAGCGUUGAAUUUCCCGUAGAGAUACCCCAUAAACUGACCAAAGAGAGAUAUCUAACUGCACUGGGAAAGUAGAAGUGGAACUUGGAGCCUUAAAAAAAACCAAAAACAAACAGCAGCGAUAAAGUGAAGAGCGCAAGAAUUCGAUGUUGGGCAGGAUGGCAUCUGCCCAGGACAUUUUAAUACUGGCAUUCUGUGGCUUGUUACUAGAGUUACCAACGGGAUGUCAUGCAACAGAUACAAGGCAGCCAAGGUUACGUCUGUCACAUAAAGAGCUCUGGGAUUUAAACAGGACGUCAGUCUUUCAUAGCCCAUUUGGAUAUCUUGGCCUUCAUAUAAUGCUGCUGGAUGAGUAUCAAGAGCGACUGUUUGUGGGAGGAAGAGACCUCUUGUAUUCCCUCAGUUUGGACCGAGUCAGUGACAACUAUCGAGAGAUUCACUGGCCUAGUACACCUCUUCAGGCAGAAGAGUGCAUAAUUAAAGGAAGAGAUGCUGAUGAAUGUGCGAAUUAUGUCCGUGUCCUUCACCCAUACAACAGAACACAUCUCCUGGCUUGUGGAACAGGAGCUUUUGAUCCACUCUGUACCUUUAUUAGGGUUGGGCAUCCAUCAGAGAAGUUACAAAUAAGGAAAAAUUUGACUGCUGAUUCUGAAGACAGAACUAAGCUGGAGUUUCCAAAAGAGCAUACUACAAAAGAGCAUACUCCAACAAAACAUAAGGAUCAUCUGUUUCAACUGGAAUCGCACAAAUUUGAGAGAGGACGAGGCAGGUGCCCUUUUGACCCCAGUUCUUCCUUCACCUCCAUCUUAAUUGGUGGUGAACUUUUUACUGGUCUCUACAGUGACUAUUGGGGAAGAGAUGCGGCUGUCUUUCGCACCAUGAAUCGUAUGGCACAUCUCCGAACUGAACCUGAUAGUGAGCGCCUGUUAAAAGAACCAAAGUUUGUUGGCUCAUACAUGAUUCCUGACAAUGAAGACCACGAUGAUAACAAAGUAUAUUUCUUCUUUACUGAAAAAGCAUUAGAGGCUGAGACAAGCAGUCAUGCCAUUUAUACCAGAGUGGGACGUGUGUGUGCGAACGAUAUGGGAGGACAACGAAUGCUCGUGAAUAAAUGGAGCACUUUCCUGAAAACCAGAUUAGUUUGCUCUGUGCCUGGGAGAAAUGGAAUUGAUACACAUUUUGAUGAAUUAGAGGAUGUGUUUUUGCUGCAAACUCGUGAUAACAAAAAUCCAGUGAUAUUUGGCCUCUUCAACACUACAAGCAAUAUAUUUAGAGGGUAUGCUGUAUGUGUUUACCACAUGGCAAGUGUCCGAGCAGCUUUCAAUGGACCAUAUGCUCAUAAAGAAGGACCUGAAUACCACUGGGCUCUGUACGAAGGGAAAGUACCUUAUCCUAGACCUGGUUCAUGUGCCAGCAAAGUGAAUGGAGGUCUGUACACUACCACCAAAGACUAUCCUGAUGAAGCUGUCCAUUUUGCCAGGAGUCAUCCACUGAUGUAUCAGCCCAUCAAGCCUUUUCAUAAAAGACCAAUACUAGUCAAAACAGAUGGGAAGUACAAUCUUAAACAAAUAGCGGUGGACAGAGUAGAAGCUGAAGAUGGGCAAUAUGAUGUCUUGUUCAUUGGCACAGAUAAUGGAAUUGUGCUGAAAGUCAUUACAAUUUACAAUCAAGAGGCAGAAUCAAUGGAAGAAGUGAUUCUUGAAGAGCUACAAGUAUUCAAGGUGCCAGUUCCCAUAAUUUCUAUGGAAAUCUCAUCAAAAAGGCAACAACUCUACAUUGGAUCUGAGUCAGUCAUAGCACAAGUGAAGUUCCACCAGUGUGACAUGUAUGGCACAGCCUGUGCUGACUGCUGCCUGGCUCGAGAUCCUUACUGUGCUUGGGAUGGCAUCUCCUGCUCCCGGUACUAUCCCACAGGAAUGCAGGCAAAGAGACGUUUCCGCAGACAAGAUGUUCGACAUGGAAAUGCAGCUCAGCAGUGCUUUGGCCAGCAAUUCAUUGGAGAAGUUCUGGAGAAGACUGAGGAGCGAUUGGUUUAUGGAAUAGAGUACAACAGCACCCUACUGGAGUGCACACCUCGGACCUUACAAGCGAAAGUAAUCUGGCUUGUCCAGCGAGCCCAUGAAACUAAGAAGGAAGAGGUGAGGACAGAUGACAGAACAAUCAAAAUGGACCUUGGUCUGUUAUUCCUGAAGUUGCAUCGCCUAGAUGCAGGGAUCUAUUUUUGUCAGACAGUGGAACACAGCAUCGUUCACACUGUAAGGAAAAUCACCCUGGAAAUAGUUGAAGAAGAACGUGUAGAAGAAAUGUUCAAUAAAGACUACGAGGAGGAGAUACCUCACAAAAUGCCGUGCCCAAUGCAGAGCAACAUACCUCAAGCAUCAAAGCCAUGGUACAAGGAAUUUCUUCAACUGAUAGGUUACAGCAACUUCCAGAGGGUGGAGGAAUACUGUGAGAAAGUCUGGUGUACAGAUAAGAAGAGAAAAAAGCUGAAAAUGUCUCCAUCCAAGUGGAAAUACACCAACCCUCAGGAGAAGAAGGCAAGGAUCAGGCCAGAACAUUACCGACUGCCCAGGAACAUAGCUGACUCUUGAUGGACAAAAUCCACCUGAUGUUUCUGGGCAAAAUUUUAUUUGAACUUAAGUAAGAGGGAGAAAUCAGUCUUGGUUUUGGUAAUUGAAACAGGUUUAUAUAUAUAAAUAUCAGGACUGAAAACAAAAAUGCUAUGCUAAGUUAUACUGUACACUCAUGAUGACUGUUUAGAAGAAUUUUACACAAAAUCUUCUUAACUAUCUGUUUCUAAGUAGGUCAAUGCAAUCAGAGUUGUGCAUUAAGGAGGGCGUGACAAUCUUCAGACUUUGAGUGCUAGAAUCACUUUCCUGUGUGGACCAUGCUUGCUCUGUAUAUUGUUGCAUAUGAUGGCAUAUUUAAGCAAAUUCAAAUAGCUAAGCAUUCACAAGUGGAUGAAAAAUAUAACAUAUCUUUUCUUGGUUUCACAAGUAUCUCAUGCUUCUGAAAGCAGCACAUCUUAAGAUCUCUCAUUUUGAUUGUGACCUGUCUGAAUUUAUCACUGAGAACAGUGAGAUGUGUUAAUAUGGUGUCCUGCUAUUUCUAAAGAUAAUGAAGGGAAACCCUAUUUACUUCCCAGCAGUAUUUGUCUCAUCAGUCAUUUAUGAAGUGCAGUGUACUGUCACAGCUAAAUAAUAUUGCCUAGUAACCUAAUGUAAGUCAAAUGCAUGUUCAGAACACAAACAGAAUGAAAUUCUUCAACGCUUUUAUAUAAAAUGUUGGAAUAAUGGUAUAGAUAGAAAACAAUUCUAUCUUGUCUCUAGUAACAGUUAUUUCCUUAAUAACGACAAGAAUUAAGAGAGUGCCCUCUUGUGGCAAAACAAAGCAAAUCUGAUAUCAGUUUCUCAAGAAAUGUGUACAGCUAAGUAUUACCCAGACCCACAGCUGGUUUGUUUUCAGCACACACGUCUAGUCAGUAUGUGCUAAACACACAAUAAAUAGAAGGUAGAGUUGGAAGUCAGUUAUGCUGGACAGACAAUAUUUUAAGUAAUGCUUUAUGUUGUUAAUGUGCUUUGGAGGUAAAAUGCAGUAAUGAAAAUUUAGGAAGUAGAUUGAAACAAGAACAGCAUUAUAUAGCUGUGUUUCUAUAGUUUCACAGCCUGAUCCAGAUAAAUAUUUUCCUGAUAUGUGCUCUCUGGUUAAAAGAGCUGUUUUGCUGCUCUUGUGCGUGAUAUCAGGAGUGGAGAUCAAAGAAGUAAAUAACUUCUAAUCGAGGACUUUCGAUACUUUUUUUUAAAUUUUAUUUUUUAUUUUUUUUGAAAAAUUAUUUUUCUUUGAGUACGAGAAACCAGAUUCAGGAAAUGCAGAAAACCUAGCAGUUUACUACUUGGAAAACCUGAUAUUACAAAAUCAGCUGGAAAUAAAUAAUACUAAUAAUGAUAAUAAUAAAAAGAUAGGGAAGUUAAAAACACAAGUGAGUCAUAAAUGAGCUAACUCCUCAAAUAAGAACAUGAUGCCAGUAAAGUAAAUAGCCAAGCUGAUAUAGAUUUUGAUGCUGCCAAGAAAAUAUGCAAGGAAUUCACCAGCCACGAAGAAUUUAAUGUCCAGGUUCAACGUUUAAUCAGGAAACAGAAUUUGGAAUUAAUGGGACUUAACAUCCUGGAGAAUAGAGAUUUGCUAGGUUUGCUAUGCUAACAAACCUAGCAAUGGAUGCUGAAGUAAUAUUCUCCAAACAGACUGGGUCUUACAGAUGGACCGGGGAGCUUUGCUGUGCUCCUCUGGGAGCAGAGACUGUUCCUGGGUUUGAAAUGAGCCUGUGUGCACACUGUCAGCAACUGGAGUACACGAAAAACCAGGUUUCACACUGUGUCCAUAGAAGAGCAGAUUAAACCCUUCCAUUAGCCAGUUAUGUUACGGAAAACUUUGCACUUCAUUUAGCUAGAAUGCCUGUCUGAGAGAUGGGAAUGGACACUGUUCACAGCCUUGCAUGAAUUCAUAUGUUUGCUACCUUUGAUCUGAUAUGGGAGACCGGAUAAAAUCACUCUUCUGUGACAGUUUAAUAGAACAUAGCUGAAGUUAGAAUUGUCUGUUUGUUUACAGCUACAUGGAAAGUACUAACACUGAAGGCUAUAGCAGAGAGAACAUGUAGAAUAAGCAUCCCUAAUUUAUACCUCUGUUCAAUUCACCCUGGCAUCCCUGUCUGGAAAACUGCUAAAACAUCACUGAAAUACUCUUUUGAUAAAUUACAGAGUCCACUUCUUUUCAACAGUAAUAGGAGUUAUAUAUUACUUUUUUUUUUUGAUUCAUUUGUUAGUAUCUAGUGCCAAAUGUACCAUUAAUGGACUAUGAGAAAAGAAUGACAGCAUCUCAGCCUGAUGGAACAAAUAUAACUUUAUGUCUCAUUCUCUGAGAUUUCAGGUAAAAAUCAUGUGAUAUGCAAAUCAGGAUUCCUGAUUUAAUAUGAGUGUGUAUUUUUAGCUCCCCAUCCCUUUAGUGGUUAUAUGUGGAGAAUUCCAUUACAUUUUUAUUAAAAGAAUAAAUUCCUAACUCACACCUUGCAACUUCCAUUGUUGCAGUGACUGAGAAUUUGUAACUACAAUGUCUUGUUCAGAGUGCUACAACAUCUAUAGAAGAAGACAAAGACUGACAAUAAUGUAUUUUGGAAGGAUACGCACAAAUGUGCUCGUACACUUACAACGUUAUUUAAAAUGCUUCUUUGUAUAUAUGGGGGGCAUUGUCUACUUCUUUUCAUUAUGACUUUGAUGUAUUUUGUAUGUGCAUGAAGUGGUCAAAUUAUAAAUAUAAUU